AGGUAGUGCGCCGAUAGUGGGGUGAUGACGCCUCCAUCCGGGAAUGUCAUACGCAGAGGCUCUCCGUCAUGGCGGCGUCAGCUAAGAAGAAGAAUAAGAAGGGUAAGACCCUUACCCUGACUGACUUUCUGGCAGAGGACAGUGGAGGAAACCCUCCUCCCAGCUACCCUCCCACGAAGCCCACUAGCUGGGCAGAUGAGACCGAUGACCUGGAGGGAGAUGUGUCCACCUCCUGGCACACAGAGGAUGAUGUGUACCGGGCACCGCCCAUCGACCGUUCCAUCCUGCCCACAGCGCCGCGGGCUGCCCGGGAGCCCAACAUCGACCGCUCACGUCUGCCUCGAAGCCCCCCCUACACCGCCUUUCUGGGCAAUCUGCCCUAUGACGUCACUGAGGACUCCAUCAAGGACUUCUUCCGUGGUCUCAGUAUCAGUGCAGUGCGUCUCCCUAGAGAACCCAGUAACCCAGAGCGGCUGAAGGGCUUUGGCUAUGCAGAGUUUGACGAUGUGGACUCUCUACUGCGCGCCCUCAGCCUGAACGAGGAGAACUUGGGCAACCGGAGAAUCAGAGUGGACAUUGCAGAUCAGUCCAAUGAGAAAGAGCGAGAUGAUCGCUCCAUGUCUGGACGUGAUCGCAACAGGGGCGGAGAUGGAGGACCAGACAAGACCGACACCGACUGGCGAGCCAGGCCCAGCUCCGACACAGACAACGGCCCGUGGAGGGACGACGGGGGCGGGGGCGGGGGCGGAGAGCGCUCCCGCGACACAGGGUCCCGAUUCGAGUCGGAUCGAUUCCGAGAUGGGUCGCGGCGAGACGCUGAUCGCUAUGACGGCGGAAGAGAGCGAUAUCGGGACCGCUACGAUGAACGUGACCGCAGAGACUACGACAAAGGCUAUGACUCGCGCAGUGGUGGACGCAGACCAUUUGGCAGCGGUUUCCGACGUGACUAUGACGACAGGCGGGAUGAAUAUAGGAGUGGUGGUGGUGGUGAUCGCUAUGGAGACCGUGAUCGUUAUGGUGACCGUGAUCGUUAUGGUGACCGGGAGGACAGAUUUGAGAGACGGGAUGAGAGGCGUGAGGAUCGAGGUCCUCUCCAAAGACCCAAACUCAACCUGAAGCCCCGCAGCGUACCAAAAGAGAGCGAACCAGGCGACACCUCCUCCGCUCCGUCGGGGCGGGCCGCCUCCAUCUUCGGCGGGGCCAAGCCCGUGGACACCGCGGCCAAGGAGCGCGAGGUGGAGGAGCGGCUGAAGAAGGAGCAGGAGAGGCUGCAGAGGCAGCUGGACGAGGAGAAGGUCAAAGGGCCUGAGCGCCGACCCAGAGAGAGGCAUCCCAGCUGGCGCAGCGAGGACCAACUCGAGCGCUCCAGGACAGGAAGUGAGUCUUCACAAUCAGGCAGCAUGACCGGCCGAGGUUCUCGGCGCAGAGAAAGCGAGCGCUCGGUGGAAAACGAGGUGUUUAGCGGGCGCGACGAAGAGCCUCCCUCACCUAGUAGCCAAGCCCCGUCCCCCAAACAGGAAGCGCUGCCACUCAAGGUGGUGCCGGCCCCGCCACCCAAGGAGAACGCCUGGGCCAAGCGGAGCGCCCUGAGCUCCAGCGACGCAGACGCCCGGCCCUCCACAUCCCCCAGCAGCGCCAACCCCCCCAAACCCAGCAGCUCUCCAAGCUCAACUGAUGAUAAAGAUCCCCAAAGAGGUAAAGAUGAGAACAAGGCCGACGGCGUGCGCCGGGAGCGGGGUCCAAUGAGAGGGAGGGGAGGGGCCUCGGGCCCCGCGGCGGGCAGGGGCCGCGGAGAGGCAGCCAGCCGAGACCGGCGGAAGGAAGCGGACAGAAAGGACGGCAGAAGAGAGUGUGAUCUCAGACCCGCACCAGAGCCAAAGAGAUAUGAGGAACCUCCCUGCCCUAAAUUCAGCUCAGCCAGUAAGUACGCCGCCUUGCUAAUGGAUGGUGAUCUAGGAGAUGACGCAGAUGGAAGUGUGGAUUGAGGAGAAGAGGAAUCAGGUGCCGUUACAACCAAUCAAAUCUCCAGAUACUUUGAAGCAACAGCACUGAAGGCUACCCAACUCUUUGUCCUACAUCUAAAGUGAAAAGCAAAACCAUACCCCGCAACCCAACUGCUCUCUUAUGGACUGUACCUAAACCUAGUGAAAUACUGGACUUGUUUUAAAAUAGGAGAAGUGAAAUGUUGAAUAAAUGACUAUAACAAAUAAGCGGGGAUUUAAAAAAAAAAAAAAGAAUCAUGGUCUUACUGCUGGGACACAUACAAAAUCAUACACCAUUGCACUUUGGGUAGGAACCUUCUAUUUCAGCUCCGGCCUCAGGCAGCCAUUAGUUUCCAUUAGGUUUUGAAUACUACCUCCAUUUAAGAAGGAUAUACCCAUAGUUGUUAUUGUUCAUUCCUGACUGCAGAUGCCAGCAUUAUGGAUGCACAAUACAUAUCCACUCCUACAGUAUAUCUGUCAAGUUUAGGUGAAGGCCAAAUUGAGACAUUCGCCCACUGCAACUGGACUGGUAGGCCAUGUGUCUGGAGCAGGUAAGUUACUUCAUCUGUGGAAGGAGUUUCAUAAACCUGAGGUAGCCAGGGUGAAUCCAGAUUGACCUGUUGGCGACAAACAAACUCCAAGGCACUCUCGGUUGAAAAAGUUUUAAAAGCCUUUAUUGUUAUGGCUUGGUCAUAUUAACCCUCUAAAAACUCCGACACGUUUCGGCUACAUGCCUUCUUCCGGGAGUUUAAAAAAGCUGUUGGCGAAUUUGAACUUGCUCUGCAGGUUCAUCUGUAAAAGAUCCCAUUGGCAUCCGUUUCCAAAUCAGCAAAAACACCUAGGAAGGUGUAAGUUCUUUGAAACUGUAAACAACUGGAUUUAAAACCUUGGUUUGAAAGGAAAAUGUAGCUGUAGCUCUGGAAUGAUUUGGUAAGAGUUUAAUGCACUGAAUUUAAGUAACCAUUGCUGGUUACGCCCCUAGUAGUCGUAAAACGGGAAGUUUGGAAACGAGUGCUGAUGGGACCUUUUCCAGACAGGCCUGCAGAGCAUAUUGUUAACAGGUUUGUCUGAGCUCACCCAGGCCAAUCCUGAGGUGAUGAUGACCCAUACUCAUUUAUUAAGGUGUACUCUAGGCAUAUGUAAUUCCUAAAUGUCUCCAUGAAAAAUAAUCUUUGCACAGAAGUGAUGUGUUUAUUCAUCUGCGACUAGUUUGACAUAGCAGCCUAGCUCUGCUUACGAAUGCCUUACUCUUGUACAGGUAGAAAUAGAGAACAAAGGAGGGAAGAAUAAAGUCAAGACAAUUUCUGAGGAAGCUGACUUUUGCCAUCUUGAUCUUCAUGUUUGUUUCAAGUGAAUUGUUGGAUCACUGGAGUCCGAGUGUAUGACACUGCGAAGCUUAAACUUGCUGAAAGGUUCAGAGUGACUAUUUGUAGGACUGUGAUAUUUAAGGACUGUAAAUUGAAAUGGAGGUACUACCAGUAUCACUGUCUUGUUUAUUUCGUUCUGCACUCUGUGUCAUAGUACUGUUUCAGCAUUAAAACAAAUCAGAUGUCACCACCAGGAAUGCUAAUGCCAUGGAUAAGCUGUCCAGGAAGAAUGCAAAAAAAAACAUUGUAUUCAAGUCAUGCGAGUCUUGUGAAUGUGCAGUCAAUGCUGAACUCUGACUCCAGACUCCAAGCAGUGUGCUGAGCUCACAGCAGAGUGGCUCUGAAAGCGCCCACUAUCCUCCACUCCCAUGAAAA